AUCGCGACAAAACGACGAUGUCUUUAUGCAAGAAGUGAUACACUGGGCUGAACUUUGUCUGAAUACGAGCACAACUGAACAAAAUCCGAAUUGUACUGACAAUUAUCUACUUUAUCUUAAAGCUUUGACCAAAGUUACAAAACUAAGGAGAACGGUAAGCGUGAACAUGAAAGUAUAAAGUUGGAUAAAUGGAUCCAUCGACCCAAGCAUCCAUUGCCUAACCCUCUCUCUCUCUCUCUCUCUCUCUCUCUCUUUAUGUCAGAGAUCUAUGGAUCAUGUAUUUAGACUUUGGUAUGCAAGCAUGAUUCAUUCUUUCAUGUAUGCGUUAGAAUAUACACAACGUUCGCAAGCUUUACUCGCGACUGCACUUUGGAUGCAAUAUGGUAACGAGGUAUUGUCAGAAACUUAUCUGCAGUUGGCAGAGAAAUCUCAAGAACUGGACGCACUGAAUGAUAUUCGAGCCACGGUUUUGAUGAGAGCCAGGAAGUUGAGAUAUCAAAAAGAGACGAGUGGCCGAUUAUCCGAAUACAAGCAUACCAAAGUAUGUACAAGCGAGCAAAAAGAAUUGGAAAGUGCCGUUUUUUGGUGUUACGACAAACCAAGUACAAACGACGCUCUUUCUACAGAGCACGGUUCUAAGGACACGGGUGAUCAGAGUAGUGAGAGCUUCUUUGAUCUUGUGAGACAGUAUACAGUAGAGAACGAAUUUGAUAAAGCUCUCGAACAACUGAAACGUCUGGAGUACAUAACAAAUCGAGGUGAUUAUGUUACUCAUUGCAAGCGUUUGGUUUACGCAGCCGCUAUUUACUUGAGACUACAUCAAUUUGAACGCGCUAAACAUGCCCUCAUCGCCGCUUUGGAAAAUGCAAAACAAAGCUCCUUUGUUCUUGUUUAUUAUUGGGCCACCAUCAAGCUUGCUGGUAUAUUCACUCGAUCUCAAAAGAAACGCAAUCUUCGACAAGCCAAAAAUUCGCUGGAGCGCAUUUUUUCCAAAGUAGUAUUGACCCAAGACAGAACUUUGAUAGCAGAAGUGAAUCUAGCGUAUGCAAAAGUAUUGUUUGCAUUAACCAUGGCAAAGGAGAGACCCUUGAAAAAGUCUCGAUUAACUUUCGACACGGCACAUUUCUGGUCUAAAAGUCAAAAGGCUGCAGCGUUUUCAAAGAAAAUUUUGGACGCCAUGGAAAAGGUGAACGAGUCAACACAAACCAAGGAGCAACUGAAAGAGCUAAGAAAAUCAAUUCGAGCAAAGGAAGUGGCGGAUGAUGAUGUUCAUGAGGACUUUGUGCUUCUAUUCACUGUGUUUGUUAGAUAAAAUACCAACACAAAGCGUUACAGCUUAUACAUUCAAACUUUACAUAAUUGACUUGGAUGAUCAUCUCCAUUUUUAUGAUACUAUCGCCAUCUUCCUUGCUAUCAUUCAAUGAUAAAGAAUGUAACAAAAAGAAACACGAUACACAAAGUAUCUAUUUACAAAUGAAGAAAAAAAAAAAAAAAAAAAAGGAGUCUAAUGAUGAGAACAAAGGAAUAAAAACCAAAAGAGAAACCAGUUUGUAAACCUUUAUUCAUCUUGA